AUGACGCUCGAGCUGUACCCGUCGUCCGUGCGCGACGCGUUCCAGGGCGCCGACGUCCCCUACUCGCCCCACGUCGUCCACUGCGCCCAGCGCGUCCACGAGGCCAUCAGCGGCCCGCGCGUCGACAAGGAGACGCUCCUCUCGGACCUGGCGAGUCAGUCGCUCGAGACGCGCAACGUCCUGGCGCUCUGCUACCAGGAGCUCUACUGCCAGUCGCUCCCGAGCGCGUUCGACGGCGCCGCUCUGGACGACGACGUUGUCCGUCUGCUGCGGCUGCUCGCGACGCCGCUGCCGGAGCUCGAGGCGCAGCUGCUGCGCGAUGCCGUCAAAGACGCAAAAGGCGCUGCGACGGCGGGGCUCGUGAUGGAGAUCAUAGCCGGCCGGACGAACGACGAGAUGAGUGUGCUCAAGAGCGCGUACUACGACGUGGUCGGGAAGGACGUGGCCGUCGCGAUGAGUGUGGCGUUCAGCGGCGACUUUCGCAAGGUCGUCCUGGCAGUGCUGCAGACCCCUCGAGUGGCGUAUGACCGGGCAGUACACAAUGUUGCCAAGGCCGAGGAAGAUGCGGCGGCGCUGUACAAAGCAGGGCAGGGACGGCUGGGUACGAACGAGGAGGUGUUUAUCGGACUUCUGGUCAAAGCGCCAGUGGAGUUCCUCAAGAUGAUGGACACAGUGUACGCGGGUAAGUACAACAACGACAUUGCGAAAGCAGUGGAAAAGGAGUUCAGAGGCGAUGCUAGGAAAGGUCUGAAGUACCUCGUGCGGCGAACGAUGGACCCGUAUUCUGCGAUGGCAGAGGUGUUUGAACAGACGCUGAAAGCUUGUGGAAGGGACAAAACGAGGCUGAGCACGACGUUGAUACGCUACCAGUCAGUGUUGCCGUACGUGAAGGCAGCGUAUAAGACUCUGUACCAAAAAGGACUGCGUGAUUGCAUCCGUGACGAGACGAGUGGAGACUACAGGAAACUCGUGCUAGGUGUGUUUGAUGCACCUCACGAUCGUUCGAAAACGAUGAUGAAGGAGUCAACUAGGGCUAUGUCGUCUGGCGGACUUGGCGGGAUGACACUCACAGGUGGUAGCGGAUCAGACGGGAGAAGGCAUAUCUCGAGUCUUAAUAGUCUGCAUUCGUCGUCCCGAAGCUAUAGUGCCACAAGGUGGACAGCACCAGCAGGGCAGCAAGGUUCGGAUCGGACCCUGUCGACCACCGACGAAGUUGUGCAUGAUGUGGUUUCGCACCAUGCCCUACCUCACGUGUCAAGUUUGCAGUCGAGUGAAUACUCAUUAGAGACAGUUACUUCAGAGGCCGAAGGGUUAUCGCAGCAUGAACGCAGUCGUUCUGAGGUCAAAAUGUCAGGACCUCAAACUUCUGGCGAUUCUUCUCCACGGCAACGGCCUCGACACUUACCACAGCAGCAGCAAGAACAAGAACGGAAACAUCACCAGCAGCAGCAGCAGCAGCAGCAACUGCAACAUGAAGAAGACAAACAAGAGCAGCAGCAAGAGGAACAACGACGACAAGAAGCUGAAUCGCGAGAACUGCACCGACAAGAAGAAGAGCUCCAACUACAACAACAGCGUGAAGAAGAACAAGAGCAGCAGCGACAAGUAGAAGAAAAGUACUACGACCACAAGAACAAAGACAACGUAAAGAAGAAAAACGACAAGAAGAAGAACAAGAGCAGCAACGACAACGUGAAGAAGAAGUACGGCUACAAGAUACAACGUGAAGAAGCACUACGGCAAGAAGCAGAACAAGAGCAGCAACGACAACGUGAAGAAGAAUUGCGACUGCAGCAGCAACGACAACGUGAAGAAGAAGUACGGCUACAACAACAGCGUGAAGAAGAACAAGAGCAGCAACGACAAGAAGACGAAUCACGACUACAACGACAACGCGAAGAAGAAGAAGAAGAGCAGCAACGGCAAGCAGAAGAACAACGACAAGAAGAAGAAUUACGAGUGCAGCAGCUACGACAACAACGUGAAGAAGAACUGCGUCUGCAACGACAACGUGAAGAAGAAAAGCGACAAGAAGAAGAGCUCCGACUAGAACAACAACGACAACGUGAAGAAGAACUGCGACUAAAGGAGGAAGAACGACUGGAGCAACUACGUCUACAGCAGCAACGACAACGUGAAGAAGACGAACUACGACUGCAGCAGCUACGACAACAACGUGAAGAAGAAGUGCGGCUACAACGACAACGGGAAGACGAACUGCGUCUGCAACGACAACGUGAAGAAGAAAAACGACAAGAAGAAGAGCUCCGACUAGAACAACAACGACAACGUGAAGAAGAACUGCGACUAAAGGAGGAAGAACGACUGGAGCAACUACGUCUACAGCAGCAACGACAACGUGAAGAAGACGAACGACAAGAGGAGCUCCGACUGCAACGACAACGUGAAGAAGACGAACGACAAGAGGAGCUUCGACAACAACGACAACGUGAAGAAGAACAAGAGCAGCAACGGCUGGAGCAACUACGUCUACAGCAGCAACGACAACGUGAAGAAGAACUACGACUAAAGGAGGAAGAACGACUGGAGCAACUACGUCUUCAACAGCAACGACAACGAGAAGAAGACAAACAGCGACAACGAAAAGAAGAACAAGAGCAGCAACGACCACGAGAAGAAGACAAACAACGACAGCGAGAAGAAGAACAACAACGACAGCGAGAAGAACUACGACUGCAACAACUUCGACGACGACAACACGAAUCACGCGCUCUUCCUUCCCAACAGCAAGAAUUGAGGCAAUCGGUGCAGCGACCGCAGUAUCAAGGUCACCCCCAAUCUUCGAGUUAUCAUCAACAGUCGCAGCAAUCUGGGUUUCCAGCUCAGCAGCAGCCACACCAGACCAGCUAUCCUCAGCCGCAUCAGCAGUCGAUCUAUCUACCCCAGCAGCAGCAGAGCUAUCCACCGCCGCAGCAGAGCUAUCCACCGCCGCAGCAGCAGCAGAGCUAUCCGCCACCGCUGCAGCCUCAGUCUAGCUACCCUCCGCCACCCCAGUCAGGACACACGCCCCUUUCGCAACGGUCAAACUCGCCGCAAUCGACCCACCCGACUCAGCACCAGCAACUCUAUCCGUCCCUACAGUCGAUCUACCCUCACCAACAGCAGCAAGGUCAUCCGCCUCAGCAGCCGAUUUACCCACCCCAACAGCAGCAAAGCUAUUCGUUACCCCGAUCCGGCUACGUGCCCCAGCAGAGCUAUGUCUCGCCGCAGCAGUCGAGUUAUCCGUUGCCACAGCCUGGUUACUCGUCUCGGCACCUUCCGACUUAUUCUCAGGUGCAGCAUCCUAGCUACCCAGCCAGUCAAGCGCAUCACCAGUAUCCGCCUACUGGUCAGCAGCUGCCAAACCAGCCGUACCAGCAGUACCCACCCCCCUCAUCGUCAGGGUAUCAGUUUCCGCAUGGAGCUGCGUCUAGCUACUCCGUGUCUUCUGGAGGACACUACGCACUAGGAGGUUAUUCAGCUCGUGGACAACAGCAAAUGCAGUACCCUGCUCCGAAAGGAUAUCCUCCACACGGCGGGGUGUGA